AUGUAUCUAUUUAAAUUAAAUUUAUUUCUUAGUUUUGUUUGUUAUGUUUGGAGUGGUGCAAUACAAAUUACAAGUAGUAAUAUUGAUUCAAUACUUUCUUCAAAUGAACUUGUUUUUAUUAAUUUUUAUGCAAAUUGGUGUCGAUUUAGUCAAAUGCUUAAUCCUAUUUAUGAUCAAUUUGCUGAUAAAGUUGCUAAACAAUAUCCGCAACAAGGACUUGUUGUUAUUGGAAAAGUUGAUUGUGAUUCCCAAUCAUCAAUAUCAACAAAAUAUCAUGUUAAUAAAUAUCCAACAUUAAAAUUUUAUCGACAUGGAAUUAUGACAAAACGAGAAUAUCGUGGUGCAAGGUGA